AUGGAUUUGGCCCCCCUCAGCCCUCCUUCUUCCUCUGCGAUCUCGGCGGGAGGACGAUAUAUGUCGUACAUGCCGCACUCGGGCUUCCACAAUCAGCGCAUCGCGCUUGAGAACGCGCUCACGCUCGCCUCCAUCCUCAAUCGCACACUUCUACUUCCCCCGGCGCGCCUCGGCCUCAAACCGGCAAUCCAUUACGCACCUUCUAACACUCUUUGGAAAACUCUGCUGAGUGCGGUGCCGACGUCCAACACAUCUUCCCCCGAACAGUGCUCGAUCAAUCCGAACAACGCUCUGUGGUGUGAGCCUCUAGGCGACGCGACGCACGUACCCUGGCACUGGCUCGUCGACUUUACCUCGUUUGGGCCGUCCUUUAAUGUGUGGGCACCGGCUACACCUUCAUAUCCUUGGUAUGACGGAGCAGAGCCUCUACUCUCGAAUGAUACCGCGGACUUCUUCGACUCAUCGGUCUAUUCGCAUCGCAUCGUCGACAUCCCUACCGAACACUCUACGUCUCUUGGACGAUACUCGUCUCCGUUGGAUCUAGAAACACUACGCAACGUGUCUGCGCGUCAUCUACGCCUCGGAUCUCUCUUUGGCUCAGCAAGGUUGCGCUUCAGGGAGACCAGGAAUAUCGCUAUCCGUUCGCACGUUCGUGCGCACGUCCGGAUCACCAAUUCAAUCAUCGAGAGCUUGUCCAACAUCGUGGUAGAUAAGCUCGGAGGCCGCGACAAGUACGUGUCUGCGCAUGUUCGCGUCAACGACAGGCAGUUUGAAAGCAGAGGUGGAGCGCAAGCAGCCUGGUUUCUCUUGGUUUCCCGGCUCCUUGGCGGUCACGACCUGGCGAAGGAGCUUGAACUACUUUUCUUCAACGCCACGACUGCGUCGGACGAGUACUACCUCAAGAGCUACAACCCCGCGAGAGCCAUUCCGCCGCGCGUCCCCGAACCGGUGCCGGCCAGGGCACCUCAUCUGAAUCUUCCCUGUACCAGACGACUUCAUGAGGAGGCAUGGCUUGCACCUCUCAACGUUCCUCUGUUCCUGGCGUCGGACGCACGACCAGACGAUCCUCGCCUCUCGAAAUUCAUGCGAACCUUUCCGUGCACAUUCACGCUAGCCGAACUCCUUCCAUUCGACUCUCCUGUGCCACUUCCUACCACCGCCUUGAGUUCAUUACAUGAAUUCGACCCGGUUGCCUCUCACACCCUUGUUGAUUCCGACCCGCACGUUCUCAUCAGGCCCGACCAGUUGCAUUCAUCAUUUGACGGCGCCCCGUUGAUCUCUCAUCUCGCACCACUCCUUGACGCGCACAUCGCCGCGCAGGCCGCAACGGUAGCCGGAACACCAGAAAGCACCUUCUCGUCUCAUAUACUGGACGUAGGGUGGCCAACGGCUCACGAGCGGCAAAUUACGCAAAGGGGAUGA